GUCAUUCUCCACCAAAUCUCUUCGCUGAGACAGUACAUCAAUCAUGCCGACUCAAGUAGGAGAAAUGGUGCUUGAACGUCGCACACAUUACCGUCGCGCGCUCCGAACGAUCAUGCAGACAAUCUGCCGCCUAGAGACUGAAAACAUCGACCAGCAUGACGCAGAAAAGGCGGGUAUUCAGCAGCGCUCCAUGUCAUUAGAGUCAAGUUUCGACAAACCCUACUUCUUCAUUCCUUACGAGGAUGAAUACCACCCGACAGAGCGAGAGUAUUCAACAUAUGUCCCCGACGUGGAAGAUCGUUUGAAUUGCGAGGGUUUCCAUCUCUACAUGGACAGCUGUAUUAGCCAAGUAUAUCCAGAAGAUGACAAUAGGCCUUUUGGCGUUGGCUACAAAGCGUGGCCAGACCUCAACCUCGGUGAGCUAGCCGAAUAUUCCAAGUACUAUUGGACGGCAUCCUUCACUGGCUUUGCACUACCCACUCAUGAGCCUUUACCCCAUAUGAAAUGUCUCAUACACAGCGAAGCGACUGGAGACAAUCGAUUACUUCGAGGUGAACUCAUUGCCAUUGUAAAAAUCAUGACUGCUCGGUUGAACACAAAGUCCCUCCGCCCUCAUACAGUGGCCCCUGUCCUGCUGUACUCUAUAAUGGGCCCACAGCAAAUACGUGUACUGGAGGCUUAUUUCGACGGCAAGAAUCUUAUCAUUCGAAAGACCAAGCUGUACGAUAUGAAGCAGGAGGAUAUGGAAACGGUAGACCUACUUACCCGGUGGUGGCUAGGAUUUGCUGUCGGCGAGACGAAGUCAAUCAAAACAGCCCCUCUUCCUUAGCCACUUUAGUAUUAUGCAUUGGGUGGCGUUCCAGGCGGGUGUUGGGUACUUGGCCUAUAGGAUGGGAUUGCUUCUUUUCUUCUGGGUUUCUUUGGCGUAUUAUACAGGAUUUUUGGCGUACUGGUAUCAAUUUUUUAUUUGUCAAGUGGAUUCGGCACUUGGAGCCUCCGCUCAUUCUUGAGACAAUAGUGAAUAAUACUCUUACCAACAAA